ACGUGCGCGCUCGCGGAAGGUCCGCCGGCCGGCCCUGGGCCCCCGGGGUCCCGGGGUGGAGGAAGGCUGAGACCCCGCAAGCCUGAUCAGGGCACUGGCCCCACGCCGACCCCCGCCGCCGCAAGUUCCUUUCCCUGUCUCAGCCUCAGUUUCCCCUGUGCCAGACGGGUAAGGCGCGCACCCGCAAAGGAGGAUCAGGAUCCUGUCUACCGUGGGGUCAGAAGCCGCCAGGUCAGGUGUCCUGUCGGGAAAGGAAAGCUGGAGAAGCCGGGACGCCGGGUCUCCUGCUGACAUGAAGAUAGCUCUGCAAAACCACUUCAAUACAAGAGUCAGGAGGCCCUACCCUCCGAGGGGAGCCACCAGCGCUGAGUUUGGUGCCUGGGCAGAGACGCAGCUGCUGACAGCAUGACGAGCGAGGUGAUCGAGGACGAGCAGCAGUUCUACUCCAAGGCCAAGACGUACUGGAAGGAGGUCCCGGCCACCGUGGACGGCAUGCUCGGGGGGUAUGGCCACAUCUCCAGCAUCGACAUCAACAGCUCCCGGAAGUUCCUGCAGAGGUUUCUGAGGGAAGGCCCGAACAAGACGGGGACCUCGUAUGCCCUGGACUGCGGAGCUGGCAUUGGGAGGAUCACCAAGCGGCUGCUCUUGCCUCUCUUCGGCGUGGUGGACAUGGUGGAUGUAACGGAGGACUUCCUGGUCAAGGCCAAGACCUACCUGGGCGAGGAGGGCAAGCGAGUGAGGAACUUCUUCUGCUGCGGCCUGCAGGACUUCAGCCCCGAGCCACAGUCAUACGAUGUGAUCUGGAUCCAGUGGGUGAUAGGCCACCUGACUGAUGAGCACCUGGCCGAGUUCCUGCGGCGCUGCAAGCAGGGCCUGCGCCCCAACGGCAUUGUCGUCAUCAAGGACAACAUGGCCCAGGAGGGCGUCAUCCUGGACGACGUGGACAGCAGCGUGUGCCGCGCCCUGGACGUGGUGCACAGGAUCGUCCGCAGCGCGGGCCUCAGCCUCCUGGCCCAGGAGCGGCAAGAGAACCUCCCGGACGAGAUCUACCAUGUCUACAGCCUCGCCCUGAGAUGAGCGGGCCGGCGGAGCACGGGGCCGGUGUGGGACUGGGGACUGGCGGCCGGGUGAGGCCCAGACGCUCCACGUUGAUGGUUCGGGAGUGUUGAGUGGGGUCACUAAAUACACCUGUCUGCCAUCCACUGCCAAACAGGCUCUUUUUCAAAAAGGCAUAAGGGAACCUGGUCCGGAGGAGUGCUGCUGGAUGGGGCGGUGAGGCUGCAGCGAGGUGGGGAGUGGGUGACCCCUGGGCCACUGUGCUCCCAUCAGGAGCAAGAGUGAGUCCCUCACCUCCAAGACUCUGGCUGGCUGCCUCAGGAGGAAGAGAAUGACCCUUAAUGCAGUUGCUGAGGACUGUGCCUCCGGGAAGGAGGGGAGCUGGGACUGCGGGGCCUGCAGCUCUGGACCUCCUGGCUGCCAGAGUCCACACGGCACCUGCUGAAUCGUGGGGCUGGGGGCACGUCCACGU